AUGGCUGUCUCAUCGCGGGCUACCAAGGCCGGCGCUUCGUCUGCCAGAACCACGAGCAACCAUACCUCUACGCGGGCCGCGCAAUUUGUGGAUGGCGCCUCGGAUGAGUUUGAAUUCGGAGGUGCCAUGGGAUCGGCGAUGUUGAUGUCGGGUUUCCCUCUCUUGAUGUGGUAUAUGUGGAUUGGUGCGACGUACUAUGACGGCAAGCUUCCUCUGCCCGAGGCUGACCAGACCUGGAUCGAAUUUGGCCGUCAUCUGUGCCAUCUCGUCUACGAGGGCGCGUAUCCGACCAGCAAGGCUUGGGCUACGUACUGGAUCUUCUUCAUUGUAGAAGCGCUGAUGUACUGCUACAUGCCCGGUGUGUCAGGCUAUGGUCGACCGUUGAAGCACGAAGGCGGCAAGAAGCUUCCCUACUACUGUUCUGCGUACUCGAGCCUCUAUGCGACACUUGGCCUCGCUGCAAUCUUGCAUGCGACGGGUAUCUAUUCAUUGUACACUCUGAUUGACGAGUUUGGUCCUUUGAUGACAGUGUCAAUUUUGUCGGGCUUCCUCAACAGUUUCAUUGUCUAUUUCCAGGCGAUCAUCCGUGGACGCACACACCGACUGUCCGGAUCACCCAUCUAUGAUUUCUUCAUGGGUGCCGAGCUGAACCCUCGCAUUGGCAUGCUGGACUUUAAGAUGUUCUACGAAGUCCGAAUUCCAUGGUUCAUCUUGUUGCUCAUCACCUGCUCAGUGGCGGCUCGCCAGUACGAAACACUGGGUUACGUCUCUGCCGAGGUCGUUUUCCUGGUUGGGGCGCACUACCUGUACACUAAUGCUUGCGCCAAAGCCGAGGAGAUGAUCAUUACCACUUGGGAUAUGUACUUUGAGAAACUCGGAUUCUUGCUCACCUUCUGGAAUAUGGCUGGGGUUCCGUUCACCUAUUGCCACUGCGCACUGUACUUUGCCAACCACGAUCCCUCCGAAUACCGCUGGAAUCGAUUCGCCCUUGCUCUGUUUGCCGCCUUGUACAUCUUCUUCUACUGGAUGUGGGAUAGUGCCAACGGACAAAAGAAUGCAUUCCGACACAAGACAAGAGGAGAGUUCCACAAGCGCAACACUUUCCCUCAGGUCCCAUGGCAGGCGAUCGAGAAUCCCAUGACCAUUCGCACAGAUGCCGGCGAUGACAUUAUGGUCGAUGGCUGGUAUGCCAUCAUUCGCAAGCCAAACUAUGUCCCCGACAUGUUCUUCUCAUUCGCAUGGGGCAUGAUCACCGGUUUCAAAAGCGUGUUUCCUUGGUUCUAUUUUGUCUUCUUCAUGAUGAUGAUCCUUCACCGCACCAAUCGGGAUGUCAAUCGCUGCCGACGCAAGUAUGGCGAGGCCUGGAAGCGAUAUGAGAAGGAAGUCCCCUACUUGUUUGUUCCUUACAUUUUCUAA